AUGCGUCGUGAACCGCCCGCCAUUCCCGGCACUAACGCUUCAUCAAUGGAACAGCCGAGGACGGCAGGAGACAAGCGCGGCCCACCCGGGAACGCGAGCGAACUGCGAGCUGACACUGCCCGGCCGCCGUGCGUGCGCGCGGAGCGAGAUGGACGCUCGGUCGCGCUGCUGGUCGCCAGCGGCGGCGGCGGCGGUGUCCGUGUCUACGCCGCCGGGGCGAAGGGCGCCAACUGGCUGGGCGGGCUGAGCCGCGCGUCGUUCCCCAAGGGGUUCGUGUUCGGGACGGCGACGUCGGCGUACCAGGUAGAGGGCGCCGCGUCCACCAACGGUCGGGGCCCCUCCAUCUGGGAUUCAUUCGCGCACGUCCCAGGAAAUAUUGCGGGGAAUCAAAAUGGAGACAUUGCAGUGGAUCAAUACCAUCGCUACAAGGAAGAUGUUGAUCUCAUGAAAAGUUUGAAUUUUGAUGCUUACCGGUUUUCAAUCUCAUGGUCCAGGAUUUUCCCAGAUGGCGAGGGGAAAGUCAAUCCAGAAGGUGUAGCAUAUUACAACAGUUUGAUAAACUAUCUGCUUCAGAAAGGCAUGACUCCUUACAUCAACCUUUACCACUACGAUCUUCCUCUUGCGCUUGAGAAGAAAUAUGGAGGGUGGUUAAGCGCUAAGAUGGCGGACCUGUUUACAGACUAUGCUGACUUCUGUUUUAAGACCUACGGCGAUCGCAUAAAGCACUGGUUUACAUUCAAUGAACCAAGGAUAGUAGCGCUACUUGGCUAUGACAAAGGGUCAAAUCCUCCUCAAAGGUGCACCAAAUGCGCUGCCGGUGGGAAUUCAGCAACCGAACCUUACAUUGUUGCUCAUAAUUUUCUCUUGGCACAUGCUGCUGCAGUUGCAAGAUACCGUGCAAAAUAUCAGGCUGCUCAGAAGGGUAAGGUUGGAAUAGUCCUGGACUUCAAUUGGUAUGAAGCUCUUACAGACUCACCUGAUGACCAAGCAGCUGCCCAAAGAGCUAGGGACUUCCACAUUGGCUGGUUUGUUGAUCCAUUGAUAAAUGGACAUUAUCCACAGAUAAUGCAAGAUCUUGUGAAGGAGAGGCUGCCCAGGUUCACUCCUGAGCAAGCUAAAUUGGUCAAGGGCUCAGCAGACUACAUUGGCAUCAAUGAAUACACAGCCAGCUACAUGAAGGGACAGAAACUGGUCCAGCAGACGCCCAGUAGCUACUCUGCCGAUUGGCAGGCAAAUUCUAACUGGCUUUACAUCGUCCCAACGGGGAUGUACGGAUGUGUGAACUACCUCAAGGAGAAGUAUGGAAAUCCAACCGUUUACAUAACCGAGAAUGGAAUGGAUCAGCCUGGAAACUUGACCCGUGACCAGUACCUGCGCGAUACCACAAGGGUGGGGUUCUACAGAAGCUACACCGGCCAGCUGAAAAAAGCCAUAGAUCAGGGCGCAAACAUGGCUGGCUACUUCGCCUGGUCUCUCCUUGACAACUUCGAGUGGCUGUCAGGAUACUCGUCCAAGUUUGGCAUCGUCUACAUUGACUUCAACACGCUCGAACGGCACCCGAAGGCGUCAGCCUACUGGUUCAGGGACAUGCUUCAGAAGCAUUGA